AACUCUGUCCCUGCACAUGAACCACCUCUUUGGCAUGUCUUUGGGUCGACAAUAUUUCUGACAGCCUUUAAAGGCAACCGGGAUGCGGUCAGAGAAGUUCUGUGUUCCCAGUGAGCGGUGAGCACCCAUAGACAGUUAAAGAAAGUGAGCACCGUGGUGAGCAUCGCUCUAGUAUAUUUUAUUUUCGGCGGGCGCCCUAACAGAGAAAACAUGUCACAGUGGCGCCAUCCAUAGCAGAAAAGCUGGUGGCUGGAGGGAAGACAGGACACACCACCGAUUUUCAGACCUAUAUCUAUCACCAGGACAGAAUGGCAGCAAAUAAAGAGGACUCUGACGAUAUUUUUGCCAACGAGGAGGAGCUCGAGAAGGCUUUGUGUGUGCUGGCUGGAAGCGACCCAGAAAACUGCUCUUAUUCUCGGGGCUAUGUGAAGAGACAGGCUGUGUUUGCUUGCAACACCUGCACUCCCAGUGCAGCAGAGCCUGCUGGGGUUUGUCUGGCCUGUGCCAAUAAAUGCCACGAUGGACAUGAUAUCUUUGAACUGUACACCAAAAGAAAUCUUCGCUGUGACUGUGGAAAUAGCAAGUUUGGGGAAUUCAAGUGCCAGCUAAUUCCUGCCAAAGAUGAGGAAAACGUUAAAAAUCACUACAAUCACAACUUCAAUGGCUGCUACUGCACGUGUGAUCGGCCGUAUCCAGAUACAGACGAUCAGUCCAACGAUGAGAUGAUUCAGUGUGUCAUCUGUGAGGAUUGGUUUCAUAGCGGGCAUCUGGGCUGCACUACAGUAGAACCCGAGGAGCUGCAAGAGAUGACAUGUGAGGCCUGCAUGAACAAGGUUCCUGUCUUGUGGACAUAUGCUGCUCACUUUGCAGUACCACCUGUGGUCAGCGUCAGUGAUCCUGAGGAAGAGGUAGAAGUCGAGGAAGGAUCAGAAAUGGAAGAAGCCCCUGAGUCCAGUAAAACUAGCGAUGAGGAACCAUCCACCAGUGUUGAGCACACAAAGCAGGAGAAAGCGGCAAGCAGGAGUUCCCCUUGCAAACGGACCCAUGAGGAAAUGACAGGCAGCCCUGCAAAGGCCACGACCAAAACUGUUGUGUGCAGGCUGAAGGAGCUGCAGGCCAAGGGCCUGGAGAGGCCAAGACAUGGAGCGGUGUUCUGGCCUUACAGUUGGCGCUCCAAGCUCUGUACCUGCAUGAGCUGCAAGAGGAUCUAUGUGGCUGCCGAAGUUCAGUUUCUUAUGGAUCAGUCCGACACCAUUCUGGCCUACGAGAACAAAGGCUUGGAUGAGCCAUUUGGGCAGCACCCGCUGAUGGCACUGACAAGCUCAAUGGACCGUAUACAGCAGCUGGAGGUCAUUUACGGUUUCAACGAGCUGUCAACUUCGAUGACUGCAUUUUUAGACCAGUGUGUUGCUGAAGGAAAGACGGUCACAGUCGAAGCUGUACAUCAGUUCUUUGAGGAGCUGCGGGCUAGAAAAAGACGAAGGACCAAUGCAGGAUACCAGUAACGAGAAGGCCAUGCUGCUAUCAUAUGCCUGGUUCAUCUGGUGCUUUAAAUGAAUGUGAAUCUUGGAAGACCCUUUUUUUUUUUUUUUUCUGUUGAAUAAAAGGGCCUUCUUGCUGCAUCUAAUGUGAUCCUAAAGCUUGAACAAUUAGUGCAAAGAGUGCUGACUUGCUGAGUUUUUUGGGGUUAACGUUUUGAUUCCAAUUGUUUUUAUUGAUUUAUAAUUAUGCCUUAACUCUGAAGCUCAUUAUGAAGGUUACUUGAAACAUUUAUGAACAUUUUGUUUGAGCCCGGUAUGUUUUAAAGAUUAAAUUGCUAUAAUGUUAUGAGAGUACGUCAUGUGAACAUGAUAAUGUCCAGUUUGUCAUUUUGACAGUUAAAUACCAGUGUUUUCCAGUGGCGACCAGUUAAGACUAGUUUGUAAAAGUGAUGUAAACAAAUCUUUUUUUUUUGUGGAUUAAUGUUCUAAAUAAAGUUAUCACACAUUUCUAGUGCACAAAACGA